AUGACAAUUUUGAAACAAUUAAUAACAAAAGCAAAUUUAAUUUUACCAUCGGUUGAUAAAAAAGUUGCGACACUUGAUUCAUUAGUUUCAGUGUUUAAAGAGAUCAAAUGUAAAGAUUUAAAGAUUGAUAAACCAUUAACAUUAACUAAACCAAUUGGUAAUGGUAAAAAGGUAUUUUAUUAUCCAUUGGUUGAAAAUGAAAAAUUUACAUUGGCAAUCUUUGCAUUCCCACCAAAUACUUGUAUUCCAACACAUGAUCAUCCACAAAUGACUGUUUUAAGUAAAGUUUUAUAUGGUUCAAUUAGUUGUGAUUCAUUUGAUUGGAUUGAUAAUACAAGUAAUGUUAAAAAACAAGGAAAAGCAAUUUAUACAGGUACAAAUAUUUUAAAUAGUAAUGAUGAAAAAGUUAAAAUAACAUUACCAAAUGAAAAUAAUAUUCAUAGAUUUCAAUCAGGUGAUGAACAUUGUGCAGUUUUAGAUUUAUUAUAUCCACCUUAUGAUUCAAAUUUUUAUAGAAGUUGUACUUAUUAUAGACCAACUUCUGUAAAUGGUUCAAUCGUUGAUUUAAUGCCAUAUUAUCCAGAUUUCGAUUGUGAAGAAAUAAUUAUCAUCCCAAAUUAUAAUAAUAAUAAUAAUAAUAAUAAUAAUAAUAAUAAUAAUAAUAAUAAUAAUAAUAAUAAUAAUAAUAAAAAAUAA